GCAGUAAUGCGUACUCAUCCUGACUAUAGUCAGGUCUUAGUACUUUGGUGUGCGCUCAGCCAUGGCUCAAUCGGAGAAACAAACUGAGCAGAUUGACAUUUAUGCCGGCUUUCGCACGGCUUUUAAAUCUUUUGCUACAGAAGCCAUACAUGUCGGCCAGGAGCCAGAGCAAUGGACAUCCAUGGCUGUAGUGCCGCCGAUUUCCCUAUCUACAACCUUCAAACAGCAAUCACCAGGAAACCACGCCGGUUUUGAAUACAGCCGGAGUGGAAACCCAACUAGAAACUGUCUUGAGAAGGCUGUGUCAGCCCUGGAUGGAGCAAAGUACUGCAUCGCCCUUGCUUCAGGAUUGGCUGCCACGGUAACCAUCACCCAUAUGCUCAAAGCAGGUGAUGGAAUCGUGUGCAUGGAUGAUGUGUAUGGAGGCACAAACCGCUACUUCCAAAAAGUUGCAGCAGACUUUGGCCUGGACAUUUCUUUUGCUGACUGCACAAAACCAGAGCUGCUGCAGGCUGCUCUGAAAUCCAAUACUAAAAUGGUAUGGAUUGAAACACCAACCAACCCCACAAUGAAGGUUGUUGACAUCAAGGUCUGCUCUGAGUUGGUGCACGAGCACAACAAAGACAUAGUGGUGGUCGUGGACAACACCUUCAUGUCAUCUUAUUUCCAGCGCCCCUUGGCUUUGGGAGCUGAUAUCUGCAUGUAUUCAGCCACCAAAUACAUCAAUGGACACAGUGAUGUGGUGAUGGGUCUGGUCUCGGUCAACAGGGAUGAUCUGUAUGAGCGACUGAAGUUUUUGCAAAAUGCGCUGGGUGGUGUUCCAUCUCCCUUUGACUGCUACCUGUGCAACCGGGGACUGAAGACGCUUCACCUACGCAUGGAGCGGCACUUUAAAAAUGCCAUGGCAGCUGCUAAAUUUCUGGAGGCCGAUCCCAGAGUGGAACGGGUCAUUUUCCCAGGCCUGCCCUCUCACCCACAGUAUGAGGUGAUGAAGAAACAGUGCACCGGAUGUCCAGGGAUGAUCACCUUCUACAUUAAGGGGAAACUUGAGCAUGCCACCAUCUUCCUCAGCAACCUUAAAAUGUUUGCAGUAGCAGAGAGUCUAGGUGGUUAUGAAAGUUUAGCUGAACACCCGGCGAUUAUGACCCAUGCUUCAGUACCAGAAAAAGAGAGGGCGGUUCUGGGGAUCAGCGACACACUCAUACGCCUCUCUGUUGGACUGGAGGAUGAGGCGGACAUCAUUGAAGACCUGGACCAGGCACUAAAUGCUGCUCAUCCGAAGAAGAAUUGAAACGUCUGCAGGACGUCCUCGAGGCUGAGGUUAUUAUGAGGAAGCACCAGACGUCUUGAACCAUUGAAGAUACAUGUGGUACCUCAGUUCAGUGAGAGGUCCCUUUCACAGAACAUUUUGUUCUUGCAAAAGUACAAAUCGUACUACCUGUGAAUAAUUUCCACAUUUUUUUUAAACAUGAGAAUCUUUUUAAUGCCUAUAGUAAAGCAUCACUUGCAAUCUUAUUUUUAUUUAUCUUUUUUGCUCCUGCUUUUUAUGUUUGUUCGUAUUUAAACUUUUUUCCCUGCAGUUUUUCCCUUGAAGUCUUCGAAAGGGAAAAAUAGAAAAAUACAAUAUAUCAUUAACAGCCUUGCUCUGAAAAUGCCCAUCAACGGUUUUACUAAAAUUGAAUUAUAAUACCUAAAUAUAAAACGGAUUUACUUUAGUUAAAGCACCUGCUGAGCUCAUGCUACCACCUAGUGUCAGCGUCAUGCGAGUUCCCAGAAGCCUUGAACAAAUCUGAUCCUAUGCAUAAGAAAAGCGUGAUAUCAGCUGUGUUCGACCAGAACUCUUUUCUUCUUCAAGCGUGAGCACAGUUUUUUCUUAAAAAUACGUUUGUAACUAAUUAGCUUAAGAACAAUGUGGAAGGAUUUGGUGUGAACAAGGCGUAUUUGGAGCUAAAUUUCUCCACAGCGCCUACUGUAAGGUGAAUUUUAUAAUAAUAAUAUAUAUAAUAUAAUAACUGCAGCUUGUUAAAGGGCUGCUGAGUAAUGCUUCGUGUGUGUUCUUGAAGUAAGCAAUUUAGCCGAUGGGAGAUAGCAAAGUUUUCUCCUGGGUCAGGAUUCUCAUUAAGUUUUUAUCUGCUUAUCAGUGUUAUUGGUAAAUCCAUUAAAAUCUGUUUGCAGUAAAAGUCUCUGUCUUUCU